AUGCCAGGGUUGUUGCAGGCUUUUGAAUCGAAAUUCGGGGAUCAUUUGAUUUUCCAAGAUCACUACACCACAAUCAUUGAAUUACCUCCAAAUAUCAAAGCAAAUACUGGAACGGAAUUGUCUGUUAGUCGAAACAACAAAACCGAUGGCAUUCAUGACAACGAUUCCACAAUGACAACAGUGGAUGUUUCACAUUUCGCUCGUUCCUUCUUCACCUCCAAUUUGUUUUAUUUGGAAAGUCGAUUAUUAAAGAUGAGAGAGCCAUCCUAUGGAAAUACUGAACCCGAAGAAAUCAAUCAAUUGAAAUUUCAAAUAGGUGACAAUGUCUCCAUGUUCAAAGUCAUUGAACAAACAGAGAAUGAAAUAUUGAUGCGGACGCCUAUUGGAACUGUGGAAUGGUUCAAAAUUUCGAAACCUCAACAACAGGGCAAGACUGAUGAUGGCUCUUCUGUAAACAAAAUUCAAAUAAGUUUUGGCAGUGGAGUUUUGGCGAAUGAACCGUUAGCAAAAAGUCCAUUAUUUCGAGUUUCAAUGCCUUUCACGGUUUAUUUUCGAAAUAUUUGGUCAUUCAAACAAAGACCAAACUUGAAAAGAUGA